GACUAUACACCAGCGGAGACACACAGGAGAGAAACUUCACCACUGUUCAGAUUGUGGAAAAAGCUUUUCAACAUCACAUACUUUGAAGAUGCACCAGAAAACACACACAGGAGAGAAAUCUUAUAGCUGUGAUCAAUGUGGGAAGAGUUUUACUCAGUCAAGCUCCCUGAAAUCCCACCGUAAACUACACACAGGAGAGAAAUCUUUUAGCUGUGAUCAAUGUGGGAAGAGUUUUACUACAUCUAGCUAUCUGACUAUACACCAGCGGAGACACACAGGAGAGACACCUUAUAGCUGUGUUCAAUGUGGGAAGAGAUACUCUGAUAAAAACCUUAAAAUACAUCAAAGAAUUCACACUGGAGAGAAACCUUAUGGCUGUGAUCACUGUGGGAAGAGUUUUACUACAUCUAGCUAUCAAACUAUACACCAGAGAACACACACAGGCGAGAAACCAUAUAGCUGUAAUCAAUGUGGUAAGAGUUUUAUUCGGCUACAAACCCUGAAAUCACACCAUAGAAUACAUACUGGAGAGAAACCUUUUAGCUGUGAUCACUGUGGGAAGAGUUUUUCGACAUCUAGCUAUGUAACUAUACACCAGAGAACACACACAGGAGAGAAACCAUAUAGCUGUAGUCAAUGUGGGAAGAGUUUUACUCACAUCAAAAGCCUGAUAGUACACCAGCGGACACACACAGGAGAGAAACCUUAUAGCUGUAAUCAAUGUGGGAAGAGUUUUUCUACAUCUAGCUAUGUAACUAUACACCAGAGAACACACACAGGCGAGAAACCAUAUAGCUGUAAUCAAUGUGGGAAGAGUUUUACUCAGCUAAACAGCCUGAUAGUACACCAGCGGACACACACAGGAGAGAAACCUUUUAACUGUGAUCAAUGUGGGAAGAGUUUUACUACAUCUAGCUGUCUGACGACACACCAGAGAACACACACAGGAGAGAAAUCUCUUAGCUGUAAUCAAUGUGGGAAGAGAUACUCUGAUAAAAGAUCUCUGAUUAAACAUCAGAAAAUACAUACAUCUCAACAACCUCAUGAUGCUGACGAGGCAGAGAAGAGUCUCUCCACAUCAAAACACCUCAAGAAACACCAGCAGAGACCCACAGGGAAGAAAUCUCACUUCUGCUCUGACUGUGGGAAAGGUUGCACAUCUUCAUCAGAACUUAAAAUACACCAGAGAACAUACACAGGAGAGAAGCCUUAUAGCUGUGAUCAAUGUGGGAAGAGUUUUACUACAUCUAGCUUUCUGACUUCACACCAGAGAACACACACAGGAGAGAAAUCUUAUAGCUGUGUUCAAUGUGGGAUGAGUUUUACUACAUCAAGCCAGCUGACAUCACACCAGAGAACACACACAGGAGAGAAACCUUAUAGCUGUAAUCAAUGUGACAAGAGAUACUCUGAUAAAAGAUCUCUGAUCAAACAU